AUGCCAUCUUCCUUGCUGUUGGAGGUGCCUGCUCUGGCAGAUUUCAACCGAGCUUGGACAGAACUUACCGACUGGCUGUCUCUGCUGGAUCGAGUUAUAAAAUCACAGAGGGUGAUGGUGGGUGAUCUUGAAGACAUCAACGAAAUGAUCAUCAAGCAGAAGGCAACACUGCAGGAUUUGGAACAGAGGCGCCCCCAGUUGGAAGAACUCAUUACCGCCGCCCAGAAUUUGAAAAACAAGACCAGCAAUCAAGAGGCUAGAACCAUCAUUACUGAUCGAAUUGAAAGAAUUCAGAGUCAGUGGGAUGAAGUACAGGAACACCUUCAGAACCGGAGGCAGCAGUUGAAUGAAAUGUUAAAGGAUUCCACACAAUGGCUGGAAGCUAAAGAAGAAGCUGAGCAGGUGCUGGGGCAGGCCAGAGCCAAGCUGGAGUCAUGGAAGGAGACUCCCUACACAAUGGAUGCGAUCCAAAAGAAAAUCACAGAAACCAAGCAGUUGGCCAAAGACCUCCGCCAGUGGCAGAUAAAUGUAGAUGUUGCAAAUGAUUUGGCCCUGAAACUUCUCCGGGAUUAUUCUUCAGAUGAUACGAGAAAAGUACACAUGAUAACAGAGAACAUCAAUGCCUCUUGGGCAAGCAUUCAUAAAAGAGUGAGUGAGCGAGAGGCUGCUCUGGAAGAAACCCAUAGAUUGCUACAGCAGUUCCCCCUCGACCUGGAGAAAUUCCUUGCCUGGCUUACAGAGGCUGAAACAACUGCCAACGUGCUGCAGGAUGCCACCCAUAAGGAAAGGCUCCUGGAAGAUUCCAAGGGAGUAAGAGAGCUGAUGAAACAAUGGCAAGACCUCCAAGGAGAAAUCGAAGCUCACACAGAUAUCUAUCACAACCUGGAUGAAAAUGGCCAAAAAGUCCUGAGAUCCCUGGAAGGUUCUGAUGACGCAGCCCUGUUGCAAAGACGUUUGGAUACCAUGAACUUCAAGUGGAGUGAGCUUCGGAAGAAGUCUCUCAACAUUAGGUCUCAUUUGGAAGCCAGUUCUGACCAGUGGAAGCGUCUGCACCUCUCUCUUCAGGAGCUCCUGGUGUGGCUACAGCUGAAAGAUGACGAGUUAAGCCGGCAGGCACCGAUCGGAGGCGAUUUUCCAGCAGUUCAGAAGCAGAACGAUGUACACAGGGCCUUCAAGAGGGAGUUGAAAACGAAAGAACCUGUAAUCAUGAGUACUCUUGAGACUGUACGAAUAUUUCUGACAGAGCAGCCUUUAGAAGGACUAGAGAAACUCUACCAGGAGCCCAGAGAGCUGCCUCCUGAGGAGAGAGCCCAGAAUGUCACACGGCUCCUGCGAAAGCAGGCUGAGGAGGUCAACACCGAGUGGGAAAAACUGAACCUGCACUCUGCAGACUGGCAGAGAAAAAUAGACGAGGCCCUCCAAAGACUCCAGGAGCUUCAGGAAGCAACCGAUGAGCUUGACCUCAAGCUGCGUCAGGCUGAGGUGAUCAAGGGCUCCUGGCAGCCUGUGGGUGACCUCCUCAUUGACUCUCUCCAAGAUCACCUCGAAAAAGUCAAGGUGCUUCGAGGAGAAAUUACACCUCUGAAAGAGAAUGUCAGCUACGUCAAUGACCUUGCUCGCCAACUCACUACGUUGGGCAUUCAGCUGUCACCAUAUAACCUCAACACUCUGGAAGACCUGAACACCAGAUGGAAGCUUCUGCAGGUGGCCGUUGAGGACCGCAUCAGGCAGCUGCACGAAGCCCACCGGGACUUUGGCCCCGCGUCCCAGCACUUCCUUUCCACUUCUGUCCAGGGUCCCUGGGAGAGAGCCAUCUCGCCAAACAAAGUGCCCUACUAUAUCAACCACUGUACUAGGCCGUCUUGCUGGAGCCACCCCAAGAUGACAGAAGUAGGAGAGAGUCCUUCUGACCUGAAUAAUGUCAGGUUCUCAGCUUAUAGGACCGCCAUGAAGCUCCGAAGACUGCAGAAGGCCCUUUGCUUGGAUCUCUUGAGCCUGUCAGCUGCGUGCGAUGCCUUGGACCAGCACAACCUCAAGCAAAAUGACCAGCCCAUGGACAUCCUGCAGGUCAUAAAUUGUCUGACCACUAUCUAUGAUCGCCUGGAACAAGAGCACAACAAUCUGGUCAACGUCCCUCUCUGCGUGGAUAUGUGUCUCAAUUGGCUGCUGAAUGUCUAUGACACGGGACGAACCGGGAGGAUCCGGGUCCUGUCUUUUAAGACUGGCAUCAUUUCUCUGUGUAAAGCGCAUUUGGAAGACAAGUACAGAUACCUUUUCAAGCAAGUGGCAAGCUCCACAGGAUUUUGUGACCAGCGCAGGCUGGGCCUCCUCCUGCACGACUCUAUCCAGAUCCCGAGGCAGUUGGGUGAAGUCGCAUCCUUCGGGGGCAGUAACAUCGAGCCGAGUGUCAGAAGCUGCUUCCAGUUUGCUAAUAAUAAGCCUGAGAUCGAAGCGGCCCUCUUCCUAGACUGGAUGAGACUGGAGCCCCAGUCCAUGGUGUGGCUGCCUGUCCUGCACCGAGUGGCUGCUGCGGAAACUGCCAAGCACCAGGCCAAGUGCAACAUCUGCAAGGAGUGUCCGAUCAUCGGAUUCAGGUACAGGAGUCUGAAGCACUUUAACUAUGACAUCUGCCAAAGUUGCUUUUUUUCUGGUCGAGUUGCAAAAGGCCAUAAAAUGCACUAUCCCAUGGUGGAAUACUGCACUCCGACUACGUCGGGAGAAGAUGUUCGUGACUUUGCCAAGGUACUAAAAAACAAAUUUCGAACCAAAAGGUAUUUUGCGAAGCAUCCCCGAAUGGGCUACCUGCCUGUGCAGACUGUCUUAGAGGGGGACAACAUGGAAACUCCUGUUACUCUGAUCAACUUCUGGCCGGUAGAUUCUGCGCCCGCCUCGUCCCCUCAGCUUUCACACGAUGAUACUCAUUCACGCAUUGAACAUUAUGCUAGCAGGCUAGCAGAAAUGGAAAACAGCAAUGGAUCUUAUCUAAAUGAUAGCAUCUCUCCUAAUGAGAGCAUAGAUGAUGAACAUUUGUUAAUCCAGCAUUACUGCCAAAGUUUGAACCAGGACUCCCCCCUGAGCCAGCCUCGUAGUCCUGCCCAGAUCUUGAUUUCCUUAGAGAGUGAGGAAAGAGGGGAGCUAGAGAGAAUCCUAGCAGAUCUUGAGGAAGAAAACAGGAACCUGCAAGCCGAGUAUGACCGUCUCAAGCAGCAGCACGAGCAUAAAGGCCUGUCCCCACUGCCGUCCCCUCCCGAGAUGAUGCCCACUUCUCCCCAGAGUCCCCGGGAUGCCGAGCUCAUUGCCGAGGCCAAGCUCCUGCGUCAGCACAAGGGCCGCCUGGAGGCCAGGAUGCAGAUCCUAGAAGACCACAACAAGCAGCUGGAGUCGCAGUUACAGCGGCUCCGGCAGCUGCUGGAGCAACCCCAGGCCGAGGCCAAGGUGAAUGGUACAACGAUGUCUUCUCCUUCUACCUCUCUUCAGAGGUCAGACAGCAGUCAGCCUAUGCUGCUCCGGGUGGUUGGCAGUCAGACUUCGGAAUCCAUGGGCGAGGAAGACCUGCUCAGUCCUCCCCAGGACACAAGCACAGGGUUAGAGGAAGUGAUGGAACAGCUCAACAACUCCUUCCCUAGUUCCAGAGGACACAAUGUAGGAAGCCUUUUCCACUUGGCAGAUGAUUUGGGCAGAGCGAUGGAGUCCUUAGUGUCAGUCAUGACAGAUGAAGAAGGGGCAGAAUAA